AGGGCAGAAUCAGCUGGUUGGUUUGGGAAGCAUGUCCGUGACGCCGCUGAUAGAGUCUCCAAAGGAGGCAGUAGCAGGCUGAACACUCCCUCCUCUUCCCUUGGAAGAUUACGUUCUUCCCUUUCUGCUUAAACAUCACAGGCAGCAGGAGAACCGGACGCACUCACUGACGCUGUUCAGCGCCUUAGCAGGCUGCUCCUGUCAAAGCUGUCCCAGUAGCUUCCAAGGAAUGGCUGCUGAUGUUUACAAGAAGAAGGGCGGAGAUGCGCUCAAUGGGUCAUUGGCCCCAGGUGAUGGACAGCAUGCCGAGAGGUCAGAAAGUCCUACGCCAGGUCUCGUUCAAGGCACAGAACCAGGGGCAGGCCAAGAGGGAGCCAUGUUUGUUCACGCUCAGUCGUAUGAGGACCUGACCGGCACAGAUAACCAGGAUGCAGCUCCCCAGAGCCCAGAUGAGAGAGAAGAGGCCCAGGCCGACCAGACAAAGAUGGAAGAGAUCAGCAAGGACUUCAGUGAAUUGAGCACGCAGCUCACGGGUAUAGCGCUCAACUUGGAAGAAGAGAUAAGGCAGAGCCAUGAGGACACGGUGCCGCUCUCACCACAGGCCUCGCGCCGAGAUUCGGUCCUGUCAGGGAAGGAGGAAGAAGACAUAACCAUGGAUGCUUGGCGCAUGCACCAGAAGCAUAUCUUUGUUCUAAGUGAAGCAGGCAAGCCAGUGUACUCCCGCUAUGGGUCUGAAGAGGCCCUGUCCAGCACCAUGGGGGUGAUGAUGGCUCUUGUAUCCUUUCUAGAAGCAGAGAAGAAUGCCAUCAGGUCUAUUCAUGCAGCAGAUGGGUACAAGGUGGUGUUUGUGCGCAGGAGUCCCCUUGUGCUGGUUGCUGUGGCUCAGACGCGGCAGUCAGAGCAAGAAAUUGCUCAAGAGCUCCUCUAUAUCUACUACCAGAUGGUCAGCCUCUUGACAUGGACCCAGCUCCACCGCAUCUUCCAGCAGAAGCAGAACUAUGACCUGCGCAGGCUGCUGGCAGGCUCCGAGCGCAUCACGGACAACUUGCUAGACCUGAUGGCUAGGGACCCCAGCUUCCUGAUGGGGGCUGUACGUUGCCUACCUAUGGCAGCUGGAGUCAGGGAUGCUGUGAGUGCCUGCCUCCAGCAAGCCAAAGCUAAAAGUCUGGUGUUCGGCAUCCUCCUGUCCAAGAACCAGCUGGUGUCUCUGGUGAGGAAAAAGGACCAGUUUUUACAUCCAAUUGACCUCCACUUGCUCUUUAAUCUCAUUAGUUCAUCCUCCUCGUUUAGAGAAGGAGAAGCCUGGACUCCCAUCUGCCUGCCCAAGUUCAACUCCAGUGGUUUCUUCCAUGCUCACAUUUCGUAUUUGGAACAAGACACGGACUUGUGCCUUCUCCUGAUCUCCACUGAGCGGGAGGACUUCUUUACCAUGUCCGACUGCAAGCACAGGUUCCAAGAACGCCUGAAAAAGCGUGGUGUCUAUCACGCCCUCUUGGAGGCACUACGCACUCCUUUCUAUUCUGUCGCCCAGGUGGGAAUCCCAGACCUCCGACACUUCAUCUACAAAUCUAAGAGUUCAGGACUCUUCACCAGCCCAGAAAUUGAUGCUCCCUAUAUCACGGAAGAGGAAAAGGAGAGGCUUCUGGGAUUGUAUCAGUAUUUACACAGCCGGGCCCAUAAUUCCUCCCGACCUUUAAAUAACAUUUAUUACACAGGAUCAAAUGAAAACCUCCUUGCUUGGGUGACGAGUGCAUUUGAGCUCUAUGUAUGCUUCAGCCCUUUGGGAACCAAAGCAGCGGCAGUCAGUGCUGCCAGCAAACUUAUGAAGUGGAUCCGCAAGGAAGAGGACAGGCUCUUUAUAUUAACACCCCAGACUUACUGACUGCUGUAGUGGCCAGUACUAUCUGUCCGGUGGUCACUGAGCUCCUUGGUGCCUGUGAAUGUCCAAAGGAACAUUCCUCACCCUUCUGGUGGGGCUGUAGACACUCUCUCUCUCUCUCUCUCUCUCUCUCUCUCUCUCUCUCUCUCUCUCUCUCUCUGUCUGAGGUAGGUUUCUGCCCCAACCAUGAAUGGAGAUGUGGGGUGUGGAGGAAGAGAAGAAGAAACAGGUCUGUGGGAAAGAGAGCAUUCUGCCCACAGGCGAUAUCUGGGAAGGAGACAUAUUUCAGUUUGCACUAGAUUUUGGACAUUAAGACUACUGUAUCUGGAACUGA